AUGUUCCUCAAGGGAGCUUAUAAGAAACAUAGCGCUUUCUUCUAAAGACUUUAGACCACUGCAAACCUCAAUUCUCUACGUGCUUUCGGUUAAGCUGAUAUUCAAAGAUUCAUUGACAGCUAAAAAUUAGCAUUAACUAAAGAACAACAAUUCAUCCAGAGCAAUAUUUCACACAAGCAGCAUCAAACUCUUCAAUAAUAUUCAGUUGAACACCUCGCUAAGCAACAAGAGCAAGAGGCUGCUGAGGCUGAGUGGCUAAAUAGCUUGAGAGAUCCACAUCAAAAGAAGACCAUUUUCGGUUAAAUCAGUGAGAUCAAGGAAGAAGAUCACCAUCAUUUGAAAUACAUCAAGAAGAAGAUCUCAAAGUUAGUUAAGCAAGAAUUAGAUUAUCUGGCUUUCCAAGAGAGACUCUCAGCUGAAGAGAGACAAUCACUUGAGAGUGAUAUUUAUAAGGAAGUCAAAACAAGAUCAAACUUCUUCUUCUCAGUUGAUGAAAACAAAAAGACCAAGAACCUUAAGAUUUACAACAAAAAAGCACCAGGAAACGCCCACAGACAUCCAUCAGUGAUUCUUCCCCAUGAAAAUGUGCAUAUUCAGAGGUAUAUCAACACUAAGGAUUUGAAUGAGGACAAAUUAUACGAAAUCUAUGCCUACUAUAGUCAUUUGAUCGAUUUACAUAUUAGUCAAGUCAGACCAUAAAACCUUAAUGACCUUAGUUACAUUCCACCUCACUUCAAUCAAGUUGAAAUUACAACCAAUCAAGAUGAACAUUUGAACAACCUAUUCUUUGAAUUUUAUCACAGAUGGAGAGAACCAACCAGAACAUGGUUCUCUCAAACUCAAGAGAUCGAUCAUCUUGAAACUCUCAAGAAUAGACCCAAGGCUCAUCAUUAUGAUCAUGACAAGGGAUCAAAGUAUGAUGUUGAAUGGACUGAUGAGUAGAAAUUCCCACAUGUCGCUGACAGAUUAGGCUACCCUAUUUUCAGAGAAGAGCCAAUCGAAAGAAUUCUUGGUAUCGAAAGAGCACCAGCUCAUCCAGGCUAUCAAUUCCAGCCAUUCGUUCAAACUCCAUCAAUGGAUCCAGAUCCAACACUUAACUUCGAACUUGGUGAGACAAUUUAUGAGAAUAAAAGACUUAUUGAGUGGAUAAGAUUCUGGAAAGUAAUGACAGUAUCCACUAUUGGUAUUGCUCCAGCUUUCUAUACUUUUGAAAUAUAUGCUGGUGAUGGAGCUCCAUCACUUGGCUGGAUGGCAGAGAACUGGAAUUCAGUUCAAAUUCCAAAGCAAUUCCAAGAUGGCUCUGGUUGGGGUCUUUCAGGGUACAGAUAUUGUGACGACCAUGAAUACAUGAACAUCCAAUAUGGUGUUAAGAGAUCUAUUGCCAGACCUGCAAACACCUUCUACAUUAUCUCAAUUCUAGCAUUGUUGCAAAACAUUAGUUUAGACUAUGUUUCAAGAAUGGUUUAUAACAAGGACAAGGACCUAGUUUUCGUCUACAAGCCAGAUGGAUUCUGGAACGAGACAGAAUAUGUUUAUGAAAUGCAUCACUUGGAACAAGUAGUCCCAGCUCCAAUUACUGCCAUUAAAGACUUGACAAUGCAAAGAAAGGAUGGUAUUCUCAAUGUUUACUGCAUGAGCACAAAAGAGUAUCUCAAAUUCUACGGAGAAGAUAAAUACUGGAAUGUUGAAUAGAAAGAAGAUUUCCUCAGCCAAACAAGAUCAUUGUGGUUAGACAACACUAAUAAAUAUCAAGGCAGAAUUUUCAGCGUUAAUGCUAGAGAUUCCCCUCAAGUCUCUCUAAUGGUUCAAAAAGUUGACAAGGAACUUAAGGAGGCUAUUCAAAAGCAUGGAGUAGUUCAACCACCUAAAUCUUACGAGGACCAAUUCUUUGAAAGAAUCAACAGUAAGAAGAAAGAUAUCGCUGCUCAAGUUUGA